AUGCUGGAGCCGUACCAACCGAAGUUCCAGCAACAACAUCGACAGAGUUGCGUCCUCACGGAGAACUCCGUAUCAGUGCCACCUCAUCACCGAGCGUCAAUGUCACGCGCCUGUAUGUCGUAUGACUACGGCCCUUCCUUCACAGCCUACCAGCCCUACGCGUAUCUAUCACAUAGGCCUAGACAGAACUCAGUAUUCGUGGGCAGCGUGGGCGGCGGCAUGGCUUUGAUCCCUGAAAGUCCACCUCGGCGGUCGCGUUCAGCUGCAGACCUCCCCGCACUGGUCACUCCGGCGGACCUCCCUCACACCACACCGAGAUCCUCCCGCGCGGCCAGUCUACACAGCGCCGUGGACCUGAGAGUCUGCGUACCUUCGCCCCGGACCUCUAGAGCCGCGAGUCUCCAUUCGGGCGACAUGCAUAGCUCGGUGCAGGUCCAUGUUAGAGGGUCAGGGAAUAAUCUAAACAGACCAAAGAGUCCAAGAAGACUAACAAUCACGAAUGUAUAA